CGUGUUUGACUCGGGAGGAUCGCGAGGUGGUUCUUCGCACGAUUCCGGCAGACAGUUGCUAAUAUUGCCCAGUGCUACAAGUGCAUAGCUUGAAUCAUCUGUUGUUUCGUCAGUGAAAUAUAUUUAGAGCAUUUCCAUAUUACGGCUACACUUGAAAGGAAUCCAUUUAAUUGUACCGUAAUUUAAAAAUCAGACUUUACAUUGACUAUUAGCUUGUUCGUGGUUUGUGCUUGUGUAUGUUGUUACUUCGUUGGAAAUUGUGAAGGUGAAUGUGAGGAAUAUUGUUUCACGAAACUGAACGUUUUUGUGCUAUUGUCAACUGUGCAAGCUGUAAAUACAGAUUGUUUUAAACUGACUUGAACUUGUGAUUCAUGUUUUGAGAGAUAUAUGCACAUUAUUGCCGGUGUUCUUUGAAAGGCUUUUGUGUUAUGCUGAUAAAUGCAUUUUUUUUGGUAAAAUCUGGUUGUCUUUCGGAGCUCAUUUGGCGUAACGGAAUGAUAAAAUAUGGCGACUUUCUAAUUUCGUAAAGGUGGAUAGUCAGUGACGUGAAGAAGCCAUAACCUUGUGUUUCUCACGGGGUCUAAAACUGCCACAGAAUAUAUGGCUUAUCCAACUUUUCGUGGAAUAUCUAAACUUAUCUCUAAUCGGGAAUUAAAUUUAUGAGUCGAUUGUGAAUACCCAACAUUUGUUAUCGAGGACAACAAAAGAAAAUUAAUUGGUGUUUUUUAUCUCGAGUCUCUCAAUUAUCAUUUAUUUAAAAGUAAUCGGAUCGUGUUUCACCACGGAUGAUGCGAAGAGACUAUCAAAGGACUUGAUGCUGUGGCCUGGAGCUAUCUUCCCUGUGGACUUGUACCGCGGCGCUAAGACUUGUGUGGGCGAACGUUCUGGCGUCCUGACGUUGCCCAGGCAACGUAAUGGCGAGGAACACAACAGAUUCCGUGGCAUGUUGCUUCCUUGCCCGUGUACGGGUCCGCCCCGCAUGGCAAAUAAUCGCGACAAGCAGCGGGCAAAGACACAGUGGUACAUUAAGCAGCCUACGUGGAGACUGUGGGGUGAGGAACGGGUGGACGGAGCGAUUUAUACGGUCUACCUCAAGAAGGUGCGAUACCAUCGGCCCACCAAGAGUGUCUCAUCUGACUCUGAUGAUGAGAUCUCACAUCUGGAGUGGGAAACCGUCCGUGUGAGAUUUGUGAAAGCGGGCACUCUAGAGAAACUUGUGGAAAGCCUUGCAACAGAUGAUGGUGAAUUGGAAUCAACAUAUAUUAAUGUGUUCCUCACUACAUACCGCACUUUUGCAACUGCCAAGCAAGUCUUGAUGCUGCUCCUUGACAGGUAUGAACAGCUGGCCAAUGACAAGCUGGACUUACCCGAGAUGGUCAUGGAGCAGCAUCGAAAGACGUUAGUGUUGGCGCUGCAUGUGUGGCUAGAUUCCUACCCUGAAGACUUUCGUGCACCCCCUACACAUCCCACACUCCACCAGCUGCUCUAUUUCUGCCGUCAGCAUCUGCCUGAAUCUGAGAUUGAGGUGAAGGUACGACAUCGGCUGGACAGGUUCAGCAAGGAAGACCAGAUGUUGGAUUCUUGUCUGAUGUAUUCAAAUUCAAGUCUGCCAAACUUCAGUCCUCCAGCACUGGCUAACGGACACUCUGCCGUAGCUGUGCCAUCUCCAUACCUGUUUCCUGAUGUGCCAGAGUGCCACUUUGCAGAACAGCUCACCAGGAUGGACAUGGCAUUAUUCAAGAAGUUGGUGCCACACCAGUGUCUGGGUGCUAUAUGGUCCCGUCGUGACAAGAACCGAAGUCAUGAGGCAGCUACUGUGCUGGCAACAGUGAACCAGUUUAAUGCAGUCUCUCUUCGUGUGAUCAGCACUGUACUCAUGGAUCCUGAUAUUCGGCCCAGUGAACGAGCUCGAGUCAUCACCACAUGGAUCGACAUAGCACAGGAGUUACGGGUGUUGAAGAAUUUCUCAUCUCUCAAAGCAAUUAUUUCGGGUCUGCAAUCAAACCCAGUCUACAGGUUACAGAGGACAUGGCAGGCCAUGCCACGAGAGAAGGUGGAACUGUUUGAGGAGCUGGCCCGAAUAUUUAGUGAAGACAACAAUCAGUGGGCACAACGAGAGUUGCUGAUGCGUGAGGGUACAGCCAAAUUUGCAGACACGGUGGGAGAAAAUGAUCGCCAGCUUCAAAAGGUUUUUCAGCGACAGUUAAACAAUAGUGGGAACAUCAGCCAUGGUACAAUUCCUUAUUUGGGAACAUUCCUCACAGACCUGACAAUGAUUGACACGGCUAUUCCCGACACUGUCAUGGAUGGCCUUAUAAACUUUGAUAAGAGAAGGAAAGAAUUUGAAGUAUUAGCACAGAUUAAGCUUCUGCAGGGGGCUGCAAAUGCAUAUAACUUACCUGAUGACCCAGCAUUUGACCGCUGGUUUGACUCCAUUCUUGUGCUUGAUGACCGUGAAGCAUAUGAACUCUCAUGUAUGAUAGAGGCACCUGUACCAGGUCAGGGGCAAGGCAGUGCUGGCACCACUAGGGAGCUGAGACACAAGAGGCGAGCAGGGUUGGGUCACCGUAAGAAUGACUCUAUUGCAAGCACAUCGAGCAGCUCUAGCAGUCAGUUUUAUUGUGACCUCGACAGCCUCCCCUCCUCACCACACAACUCGCUGGACAGAAAGGCAUCUCCAUCACAAAUGUCAUCAUCUUCAAGUAGUUCGUCACUUCCAUCUUUAGAUGCAUCAAUGAGCAGCAGCAAUACUAACACAUCUGCGGCUAACAGCACUGCCAGUCGGACAUUAACUGUGCCUGGACAGUCACCAGCGUCAAAACCUCAACACGACUUCUACAUUAUUCGUGUUACAGUUGAGACAAGCUCUGUUGAGACAGAUGGUAUUGUGCUUUACAAGAGCAUCAUGUUGAGCAACAAUGAGCGAACUCCACAAGUCAUUCGUAAUGCAAUGUUGAAACUUGGUUUGGAGGGAAAUCCAGAUAGCUACACAUUAGCCCAGGUUUUGCCUGAUAAAGAACUGGUUCUUCCACCAAAUGCAAAUGUUUACUAUGCUGUCAACACAGCUUUUAAUCUAAAUUUUAUUCUGAGACCUAAGAGGUGUAAUCCAUUGGAUGUUGUAGCUCCUGGUAGAGCCAAACCUACCAAGAAGUCUCCUCUUGCAACAUGAAGUUCAGUAAUGUUGUUAUGAGGUAAAUCAAGUGAAUUGUUAUUGGUAUUUCUGCAACGAAUCCUGGUGAUAGAGGAGGUAUAAGUGUAAUUCCAGGUCAGAGCAUCCAACAUUCACCAUGCUAUGUCUGCUGGAUUUGUCAGUAUAUGUU